AUGCUAUGCCUCUCUCCGUCUUUUAACGACGCAGACGUCGUAGAAGGACUAUGUCGAAGCGCGAUUAAAGCAGCUUACAAUAAAUUAGAGGACUCUUCCAAGCCUCGGUCGUUCUUCGCGGAUGCACUUGGAGCUGUAACUGCCACACUUCAUCUUUAG